AUGGAGGCGUUCCAGUUACUUUCGCGAGGAGGAAUCAAGUUUGACAAACAAAGAUUUAAGUCGGACGUUCAGCUAUUCAAUCCAACACAGAAUACGGAUCUGAAGACAAAAGCGUCAUUUGCUGCUAGCAAUGACUCUGACCUUCCCACUGAGCUUGACUUCUUCAAGUACGCACAAGGUGGAUCCAGCAAGCGCAAACCAGAUGAUAGAUCAGGACCUCUCUUAAAACGCCGAAAGAUGGGCGGCGCUUCAGACGACGAAGGCUCGGAUAUUGAAGAUGGCGCACAGGAAGAGCCAGGACCCUCCAUUGCCCAGCGUGUUACGGCCAAGGGUUCGGAUGUUCCUGAGUCAGCUCAGUCCUUUGAGUCACUCCACGAUCGAUAUGAGCUGCCAAGUCAGCUACUUAAAAAUCUCAAAGAAAAUGGCUUUCGCCAUCCUACAGGAAUCCAGUCCCAUGGCAUACCAAUUUUGCUAGAGUCUCGCGACCUGGCAGCUAUAUCGCCGACGGGUACCGGGAAGACGUUAUCAUACAUUCUUCCCGUCUUCUCACUUCUGAAGUUGCCUUCCUCAACUUCCAAGCAUGACGCAGGUUCUGGUGUACGGGCCGUGAUUCUAGCCCCCACUCGAGAGUUAGCUCACCAGAUACAUAACGAGUGUCUGAAACUCGCUGAGGGUCGGAAAUGGAAGAUUGUACUAUUUAACAAGACCACUGCAAACGCACUGAAGGAUCAGCAAACUAGAGACAAAGUAGUUCAAGACAUCAUCAUUAGCACACCCCUCCGUUUAGUAGCGGCCAUACAAGAAGGCAACGUCACGUUGAAGAACGUCCGUCAUCUCGUCUUAGACGAGGCCGACCGCAUGUUGGAUGCCGAGUUUCUGUCUCAAGUGCAGGAGAUUAUCGCUGCGUGCACACAUCCCAACCUUCAAAAAGCAGUGUUCAGUGCGACGUUGCCCGCUGGGGCAGAAAAACUCGCAAUGGCGAUGUUACGCAAUCCAAUACGUAUAGUGGUGGGCUUGAAGGACACACCGCUACCUCUCAUUGCACAAUCUCUGACCUACGUUGCCGAUGACGCCUCAAAACUUCCGAGUCUACUGACAUACUUUGCUCAACCAUACAACCCGCCCGUUCUCGUUUUCACCUCUACUCAGCCCCGAGCCUCGUCCCUUGCAUCAGAGCUUAUCAUGAGUGGAAUACCAAAUGUGGACUGCUUGCACGCUGGUAUGACCCGGAAGCAACGCGAAGAUGCUGUGAGCCGGAUGCGAAGAGGAGAAAGCUGGAUUAUUGUCAGCACGGAAGUUAUGGCACGUGGCAUGGAUUUUAAGGGUGUACGAGAGGUUAUCAACUACGACUUCCCAACAAGCGUACAAAGCUAUAUCCACCGGAUAGGUCGUACUGGUCGCGCCGGGCGGGAGGGAAAAGCGGUCACAUAUUUUACGGAUGAGGACGCGCCUUUUUUGAAGUCCAUUGCAAAUGUCAUCCUACAAUCUGGCUCUACAGUACCUGAGUGGAUGAUCAAGCUCCCCAAACCUUCGAAGAUGCGCAAAAAGCAAAUGGGCAGAGUUAAGCGAGCUGAGACCGUCAACGUCGCGCGCAAGAUUGGACGCAACGAUGCUUUGAAGAAACGGUAG